CACACACUUCUGCUUUAAACCCAGUUACACUUUUCUCUCUCACUCACAUAAACAUUAGAAAAUGGCACAACGUCGAGUUGUCGUAACAGGGCUAGGUUUAGUUACACCACUUGGUGUUGGUGUCAAGACAGUUUGGAAGAACCUUUUAGAGGGACAAUGUGGUAUUGUUUCCUUGGCCGAUGUCAAGGGGUUUGAAAAAUUACCUGUUCGUAUUGCUGCUUGUGUACCCCAAGGUCCAAAGGACCAAGGCCAAUUUACUGCUAGCGAAUGGCUCGACCGAGGCGACGAUCGAACUAUGGCAAAGUUUUCGCAUUAUGCCAUUGCUGCAGCACGUCAAGCCAUUGCCGAUGCCGAAUGGACGCCAGAGACAGAUCUUCAGAAACAACGCACGGGUGUGUGUAUAGGUUCUGGAAUGGGUAGUUUGGAAGAUAUCGUGGAGACAUCUAGCGCUUAUGCUACAGGAGGCUAUAGAAAGGUAUCACCUAUGUUCGUACCCAAAAUCCUGAUCAAUAUGGCAGCAGGCCAUCUUACCAUGAAGUACGGAUUCCAAGGGCCAAAUCAUGCUGUUUCUACAGCGUGUACAACAGGUGCGCAUGCUAUUGGCGAUGCAAUGAGAUUUAUUCAAUAUGGUGAUGCAGACGUGAUGGUAGCAGGCGGUACAGAAUCCUCUGUACAUCCAUUAGCCAUUGCAGGAUUUGCACGCGCCAAAUCUUUAGCCACGCAAUACGAAGAGAACCCUACCGAGGCAUCACGACCUUUUGAUGGUGAUAGAUCUGGAUUUGUGAUGGGAGAAGGGUCUGGCGUGGUUGUGUUGGAGGAAUACGAACAUGCUAAAAAGAGAGGAGCCAAGAUUUACGCUGAAUUAAAAGGAUAUGGGUUAUCCGGGGAUGCACAUCAUAUGACUUCACCACCUACCAAUGGAGAUGGAGCUAUUCGAUCCAUGCGACGUGCUUUAGAAGUGGCUCAAUUAAGUCCGGCAGAGAUUGAUUAUGUGAAUGCACAUGCUACCAGUACACCGGUAGGCGAUGCUGCCGAGAACAGAGCGAUCAAAACCGUAUUUGAUGGUCAUUGGGAUAGAUUAGCUGUGUCUUCCACAAAGGGAGCAACGGGUCAUUUAUUAGGUGCUGCUGGGGCUGUGGAAGCCAUCUUUUCGAUUCUGUCUGUGCAUGAGAACGUGGUUCCUCCUACAUUGAACCUCUAUAAACAAGACCCUGAGGAAUUCAAUUUGAAUUACGUACCACGGGUUGCUCAAGAGAAACAAGUGAAUGCAGUUAUUACAAACAGUUUUGGGUUUGGUGGUACUAACGCUACUUUAUGUUUUGCAAAAAGUGUUUAA